UUGAACUUUGAAGUCGAAACGAGUCAGUCGGCAGCGAGCGGCCCUCGAUUCCGCUAUACAAGUAAACAGUAAAGCUGUUUACAUUUUCAAGCGGCGCACCUGUUCGAGAAUAUUUUCCAUAGUUGCCUAAAAUUGCAUAUGUACUUACGUUACUUUGUUGCUAAAAUAUUGUGCAAGUGAAAUGGGGAGUUUCAUAAAAGUCGACGACGCCUCGCCAAGCAUCUUUGAUCAUAGUGAUGACACUUUAAACUUUAACGACAUCGAGAAAUCUUUUGUGAUUUUGCAAAAAGAUGUGGAAUCUAUUCGAGCUUCGUCCCCAGGUGAAGGAAUGUCAGAAUGCGAUUAUAGCGAUCAACUGUCGAUUUUUUCGAGCAUCAGUUGCCGCAACACAGAGAACGAUUCGCGUGAGAUACUAAGAGAGAAAAAACAGCUGAGAAACGAGCGGUUCGAAAGAAUAGCGAUGUACCAGAAAGAAGUUUUUUCAGCUUUGCACGAGCUUACGCGAAAACUCGAUUCGUUGAAGGCAUCAUCAGAUGAACCCAACAAUGGCAUUGACAGCUCGGUAAAUUCUUCAGACAAUUCGCUGAAUAGGGUAGACACAAUUGCGCAGACUGAAACGAUGCUGGAUGACGACUCGGAGCAGGAAAGCGAAGUGUCUCGGAAAAGUUUCGAUUCGAUUGAGACAUCGAUGACAAGAACGCAGUGCGUCAGCGCGGAAACUGAGUCCGUGGCCCCUCAUGGCGUCGAGGCAGAUACGCUUUCUGCAGUAGGGACUCUGUGCAUGAGCACCGAACCAGAGGUGCAGCGAACGACGGAAAUCGCGACCGAGAGUAUCAAAUUUCAGGCACCUAACACACUGAUGGCGCGGUCGAGCGCAAGUGCCGAGCACUUAGCAAACGCUGGUAUUUCUUUGUCAGCAAUAGAGGGUAAGAAAUCGUGCAUAUUGCCUGACAGCUCGUUCACUGUACAAGAUUUGACAGAGCGUGGAAAGAAAGAAAGAGAUUUUAAUAAUAAAUUAUGCGAAGAUCUGGACAAAAUAAUGGAUCAGCAAACUAUGGAACUGUUGGAUCGGGAAAGAGUUGUCAAAAAGACACUGGAGAAAGAAGCUCUGCUGCUCAGAGAAAACUGCACCGAGUUGACAAUAAAUCUCGAAGCCGUCAAAGGCGAGAAUGACGCUUUGCAUAUGGAAAUGGAUGAAUGGUCAGAAGAGCGAGAGAGACUAUACGAAUUGAAUAAAUUACUUAAAUGUAAACUGGAGUCAAAAGAAGAGGAGUACGAAAUGUUGAAAAGCGAAAUCGACUUGCUGAGAACGAAAUCUGGCACAAUUCAAGUGGAUCUUGACAAUACGAAAGCCGAGCUUGCAGAAGCCCGCAGGACGAUUUCUGAGAUCUCGGCUGAUGUUUACAAUAAUCGAAUCGAAAAACAAGAGAUCGAUAUUUUGCGAUUAAGAGCAACUGAAAAGAGUUAUUUAUGUCAGAUAGAGUUACUUACUGAUGAAAACAAAAUACUACGAAAUUAUAUCGAUCGUUUCUUAAAUACAUGAAAAAGUAAGCGUAAGAAAGAAUCCGUAAGUUUAAUAUUCUCAUAUGUACUUACAAUUUUCAUUAAAGCUAAGUUUGUAUUAUGAAGUACUACAUUCAUAUAAGCAGGCAUUUAAUAUUGGUUAAAUAAAUAUAAAUAAAAACAUCUAUGGUCACAUCCAUAGCAAAUUAUCAGA